AUGGAAAUAGCUGGCUGUGAGCGACUAUUGCUCGGUAUUCUGCUCUUCUCAGCAUGUUCCGUGAUAGUGAAAAUUAUCUAUCGUCUCUAUUUUCAUCCGCUGGCCCGGUUUCCAGGUCCGAGAUUUGUUGCCGCAACCUCGCUCCUUGAGCUGUACUGGGACAUGGUGGGUCAGGGGGCAUAUCUAUACAGAAUCGAGCAGAUGCAUCAGAAAUAUGGUCCCAUCGUGCGAGUCAAUCCUCAAGAGCUUUCCAUCAAAGAUCCAAGUUAUUACGACCAGCUCUAUGUGGCUGGGGCGGUAAGAAGGACUAACUGUUGGACGGGAAAUGGAGGGAUGGAAUUCAAAGACUCGCAUGGCACCACAGUCGAGCAUGACCACCACCGUCUCAGGAGAAAGCCGAUGGAGCCGUACUUUUCCAGAGCCGGCAUCUCUCGCAUCGAGCCGGUGCUGAAAAGGAUUGUCCAGACACUUGUCGAUCGCCUUGAUCAGUACAAGGGCUCUGGUAAUGUGAUAAGUCUGGACUGUUUGUUUUCAGCCUUUAGCGGCGAUGUGAUUACGGCGAUAUGCGUCGGUGAUGGUGAUGCUACUUCUCUGCGGCAUCCAUCUUUUGAUCCUGAAUGGAUUCUCAUGUCCCUCCCAGAAAGAUUCCUAGAGAAAGCAAACCCCGAGUUCAAGCGAUUAAACGAAUGGCGAAACCGGGCCGGGAAGCAUAUAAUGGAGGCCAUGAUGGUGCAGGAAUCAUUCAACGACGCAAGUGACCUGUUGCAUAAAGCCAGCAGCAGACACGCAACGCUUUUCCACCAGCUCUUGAGCCCACAGUCGGGGCUGCCUGAUAGCGAACGCUCCAUAGAGCGCCUGACAACCGAAGCCCAGGUGCUUCUCGGCGCUGGCACUGUCACGACAACUAGGACGCUUUCCUACCUAAUAACUCACAUUCUUCUUCAAGACAGCGUCAAAAUCACGCUCGAGAGGGAGCUGCGGGCACAGGCCGUGGAUCUGAGAAAUGGAUCGACUAGCCUCGCUGAUCUGGAAAAGCUGCAAUAUCUUCAGGCAUGUGUCAAGGAGGGUUUGAGGCAAGUACUCAGCUUCGGCUUCAUGGUUCGCCUCCCACGAUGCUCUCCGGAUGUAGAACUGCGCUACGGGAAAUGGACUAUACCAAAAGGCGUGAGUGGGCGAGUCCUCUAUUUCCACCAGCCCGAAGCAACUACUUACUCCAUCGACCACCAGACACCCGUCGGCAUGUCGGCCUACUUGACGCACACAGACCCGACCAUUUUCGCCGAGCCACACGAGUUCCGCCCUGAGCGCUGGCUGGAGGGUCAGGUCACUCCCGCCAUGAAGCAGGCAUACGUACCCUUCAGCAAGGGCUCCCGAGCGUGUCUGGGAUCAAAUCUGGCGUAUGCCGAGUUGUUGAUGCUCACCGCCGCUCUGUUCCAGCCGGGGGCUCCACCACUAGUGCUCUGGGAAACGAGUGCGCGAGAUGUUGAUCCUUUCCAUGCCUAUUUGCUGCCCAUGCCGAGAAUAGGGGGCGGCGGAGCAAAGGUGUUGAUACGUUGA